GAUCCUGCGAAACAUCCUGACGAUUUCUUCAUGUAUCCACGUGUCAUUCCAGGCAUCCUCACUAUAAACAUCGUUGCGUCAGUUUUUCGAGAGAAAAGACCGCGCACUCGCGUCAAUCACACGUCUGUCCCUCGUAAACCAACACAAUCCGAUUAUCACAAGGUACGAAGCUACAGGCAAGAGAGACGCUAUUGGCGUAGUCGCGGCAGCCUGCGAUUUCUCUAUGCGAAAUCUCUUUUAUUAUCCUGGUUUCGCAGCAUUUUCACCGUCGUUGCUUCGUUCCGUUUUUCUAGUCUCUGCGUCUCGUCGAAAACAGCUACGAUCGCAUUACGGACGAUAGAAAAUGGUUACUGGCCGUCGAGAUGGAUCCUUACGCCGGCAUUUUACGACAUCCUUCGAGCGAAACGGCCAUGCGUGGCCGGCGAGAUCCUCGCCACCUUUUCCGCGUUUAAGGCUGCGUUACAAUGCCAUUUUCCGCUAGCUCCGAAAAUAAAACCAACCAUACUUUUCCGCCUCUUUUCUACGCGUCUCAUUUUUUCCUUACCGUUACGCAUCGGAAUUUCCACGUCACGAUGCGUCACGUACUUGGAGAUUUCUUCACAUUCUACAGCAUCAAAGCUCUUAAAGCGUGCGUUAUUGCACAUAAAUUCGUUCGUCUGUACGUUCGUCGUAUUACGAUCGUUUUGUGACGCGAGUCGUCGUUCGACGAAUCUCUUCCUCGUACAAAUCGUAUGCCAAAGAUUGCUUUCAAAAUCAACCGAAAUUAUCGGAAUUUCGUCGUUCACAUCGUGCGGGGUUCCUCGAUGUCCGACCAGCAUGCCACUUUUUCACUUAUCCGUUCCUCGUCCGUGUACCAGUGUUAGCCUCUCGAUCGUCCAACUUCGUCGCAGCGAAGAACUCGCGAACAACGUGGAUCAUCGACGAUCCGACGAGAUAACCGCACGAAGGAAGCAGCAUCCUUGUUCUCGCGUUCUCCAACGCCCCCCACGGAAUAAAAAAAGGGGCGCCGCAGCGGGAACGCCUUGGCGAAUCGCUCGAUCGUUUCGACGUGAACGUCGACACUGUCUCACGGUCGGCGCGAUUCUCACCGUGUCGAUCGCGAUCGUGGAAAAAAGCCAAGGUGGAUCGGGAAUGAAAAGUUUUACAGCAAGAACGCGGCUCGUCGACUGAUAAAUCCGCAUUUAGUGUAGCGGCCUCACUUACACGCCGGGCUCUUGCCGGCUCCACCAAAGGCAUGAUUGGUCUGCGUGUCGGUGCCCCCGCCGCCCCCUCCUCCGCCCCCCAGGGGCGGACAACCGAGGCAGAGCGCCGUCGCCGUCCUCCGACAACGACGGGGGCGCCACCGCGCGGCACCGACGCCGACGCCCGCCACCGAUCGAUAGUCACCGACCGUCGACGACGACGACGACGACAACGACGACGACGACGACGAAGACGACGACGACGACGACGAUGAGGAGGACUACGAGGAGGAGGACGACGACGAUGAGAACGACGACGAUGAGAACGACGACGACGAGGACGACGACGCCGCCGACCACCACCACUACGCCACGGAACCGCUAUACUACUAUUGCACUCCGGAAACGAAGACUUGGUGGUGACGGCACGUAUUCUAUAAAUAUAAACAAGUCGCACAGCUUUCGAUCUAUAUUUACACGUUUACGACCACGCCUUCGAUACUCAUCGUUAUCAAUUUGCCGUGUUUUGCUCACGAUUUCACGAAAGUCUGCGUAAAACGUCUCUAGACGUUGCAGGGCUUGUCCAUUCGCGAAACGAGCGAGCGAGCGGCGCCUUAAAAUACGGUCGCAGGACCGUCAUUAGGAACACCUUUUAAGUGCGCCUCGGGCGAGCACUGUUGCCGCGAUAAGGGUGGAGGCGCUUCCUUCUCGUACUCCCGUCAGCGUACGCAUCGUGCGUAAUGUGAACCGGAUGAAGGGGUGGGAGGCCAGGAAGAGAGUGAACGAGAGUGAAAAAAAGGAACGAGAAAAGAAAAAAGAAAAAAAGGGAAAAGAACACGGAGGAGGUAGAGCGUGCGAGAGACUAGGAGGGAAAAAAGGGAGCUUGGGUGAGAAGGAGGCGAGUAUAGACGUAAAAGGGGAGCGACCGAGAAAGAGUUUUAAAAAGAGAGGCAAAGAGGCAGACAGAGAAAGAAGAAACAGAUGUAGAGCAGCGGGAUCGUAACGAAGGGAAAGAGACGAAUUACGUGAAAGAACGGACAAGGGAAUAGGGUUCGAAAAGAGAGAGAGAAAGAGGAAAAACGGAGGGAGAGACUACUGAUAGAUAAGAAAAGUCAUCACGGUCAGUGCGCGCGCCGCGCCACACCGUCAUUCAUUGAUUGCAUCGUGGCGUGCGGUCUGCCGUGGAGAACGUACGUUUCACGUCGCUAAUGUGCACCGGAUGAAAGGAGAAAGGGAGAAGAAACGGACGAAUAUAGAAGCGAGGGGAAGCAGAGAAAACUACCGGGAGUAGGAAGGCACACUUUGCCGGCAACGUAUAUUCGGCUUUCUCUUUCUCUUUCUCCAUGUGCCCGGCAGGUUCUUCUCUCUUUAUCUCGCUCAUUUUCUCCACCGUUCGCUAGCGGUGAAACCAGACUCGGUUAAACGGUUCGCGCGAAGAAUUCAUCGUGCCACGAAAACCAACAGCGGCUACUCCACAGAAAUUGCAUCCUUUUGCAACCAAAUUCGAGAUUAGCCAAAGAAGGAUACGAUACUCGUUCACCGAUCCAUAUAAAUUUUUCCAUCGUACGUUUCUACCUUUCCUGUUUUGUAUAUUACAAUUUUUAAUUACUUUGCCUCGCUAUCGGAAUAUCGAAAUGUUAUCGAGAAAUUUGUACAACUGUACAGCGUAUGCAAUAAAUAUCAAUUUC